ACUUGUACGAAAAAUCUGAAACUAGUAGAGAAGGUUGGAAGGAAUUUGAUAAGAUGACUAGUACAAUUGGUAUUCCAAUUAAGCUUCUGAAUGAGGCCACGGGACACACCGUUACUCUCGAACUGACGUCCGGGGAUGUCUAUAGAGGCAAACUAAUCGAAGCCGAAGACAAUAUGAACGUUCAGAUGAUCGAUGUCCAGAACACCUCGCGAGAAGGACGAGUCUCACAUCUCGAACGCGUUUAUGUACGCGGCUCUCACAUUCGCUACUUUAUCGUUCCAGAUAUGUUGAGGAAUGCGCCUAUGUUCAGACAGAGAGACAAGAAGGGCCGUGGUGUUGGUUUGGCAAGAGGUAGAGCAACUGUUAGCCGAGCUAGAGGCCAGAAGAGAUGAGCAUCAAGAUGGAGGCGGGGACAAAAUCACGGCUAUGAUAUCGUGUAAUUGGAUGCAGACGUGAAUAUACUGCAUUUGGGCCAACAUAUUCUCUGCAACAUUGUCACUCAAGCAUGCGAGUGAUCUCUUGAACAAUAGGAGAAUAGCCCGUUUAGGCCACGAGAGAUUGGAAGGCUUAAGCUACAGUUAUGAGUAGCUUCAAAAAGACUACAGGUCUUAUUUCAUAUUGUAAAUUGUCUCCAGCAUGAAGUUCAGCGCCAGAUUUCGCACUAUCAUUUACGCCUUCGCCACAUCCCAUAUCUUGCUUAAAUCGACG